CCUCUGUGUGCACUGACAGCAUGGCCCAUAUUUACACCAAUCGACCUUCAUUAACCACUGAGUGCCUCUGAAUCCAUCAGCAACAAUAACAAUACAGCCUUCAUUGACAAAAUAUUCUAAACCUGCAACUAAUCUCAUCUCAUCUCUCUUCAUCCCGUUCCAAUAAACCAAAGGAUGUGUGAGAUAUCGGCGAGCCAGCGUCGUGCCUAUCGCGAUCAGGAUCCACCCCGAAUAACCGAUAGUGAUUCAAUCCUCAACCAGUCCCUCACCAAAGACGAAACGGAAUUCUCGAGGAAACACCAGGAGUACAAGCAGAGGAGGAAAGAGGCGUUGAUCACAGCCGAGUCUCGUGACUCCCCGGUCAGUAACGGACGCAGUAACAACCAAACCGGAGUUGCUUCAGGUGCUCUCGAAGCCGAUGAAGAAACAGUGCCUUCCUCAUUAACAAUCAUCAACUCGUCACUAGCUCCUUCCACCACCAACGAGGUGAUUACAAACGGCGUUAAAAGGGACCCAGACAGCUGCGAGUCUUUGGCAAACGGAAGAGAUAUGGCACCUGUCAUGGGAGUUCCACCACCUCCACCAGCACCACACAUGGGCCCAGACGGCCUCAUUUUACCCCGUAAGCCUUACAACCCGUGCCUCAUAUCCAACAAUCAUAAGGACCUUCGUAGAGAAUUGCUUUUCAAUCAGAAAAUAGGUAAAAAUGUACUAAACCAGAAGAGUGAACUCGAGCGAGCCCUGGAGAGACAGCGAUCAGCAGCGAUGCGUCGCGAGUCCGAGAGAAAUCGAGAGGAAACGUACAAGGAUGAUCCAAGGACAGCCCUACAACGGGCUCUUGAACAAAGGGCAAGGCAACUCGAGCUCUCGGAGCAACCAGCGAUCGUCGAACCACCAAAUCCCUUGGUAACCGCAAGGGCCAAAUUAAGAACACGCACUGAUUCGCAGUGAGGGACAUGUAAAAGGGAGUUUAUAACACUCAGAUUGAGUUUUGUUAGAGGAAACGAUUGUUCAGAUACGCAUUUAUGAUGAGAAAUAGAUUAAAAGAUUUAUAUGUGAAUCGGCGUGUGUAGAUAAUUUUUUACACUUUUUACAUAUGCAACUGGUGAGGCUGUGUAUACAAAAAAUGUGUGAAAAAUCGUGGUAUGGGGCGAGUGAAGUCAGUGGAGUAAUCGUGAUUAUGCAUGACGAGUUUGAAAUGAGUGGAUAUAAAGUAUAUGGAAUGAUCAAUAGAGAGUCACAAAAUUAAAUGGAAAGAAGAAUUAAAUUGUGAGGAUCUGGAACAGAAGACGAAAAAUUAUGGAAAAAAAUGGGAAUAAUCGUGGGAUGGAACGAGUGGAGUCAGUGGAGUAAUCAUGAUUAUGUAUGACGAAACGCGUAGAAUAACCAAUAAAGAGCUAUGAAAAUACAUGAGAUUUAAACGAGAAAAUAAACGAGGAGAUUUGGAUAAAAUGCAAGACAUUGAGAAAUCAGUUGAAUAAUUAUGAUUAUGCAAUUGAAUAAAAUCAUUGCGUUUAGAUUAGCAGAUUAGUGGAGGAAAGAGAUGGAAUAUAUGAAUUAUUUACAUGAAAAUAUAAGAGGGGAAUAAUUACAAUUCAGAGGGUCUUGAAAAUCCGAGGAAUUCCGGAAAAUGUGGAAAAAAUCGUGACUAAUUAAAUCGGGAAUAAUGAUGAUUAUGCAGUUGAAUAAUAUCGUAACAGCUAGAUGAACAAAUUAGAAAAUAGCAGAGAUGAAAUAUAUGCAUUAAUCAGAUGAUGAUAAAUGAGGGAGAGAAGGUGAGGUGAAUUAAAAUCCAGAGGAUCUAGAUGUUUUUACUGAGCUCAUUCGUGUGAAUAUAAAAAGAGGAAAAAAACACUUAGACCGGUUCUGAGGACCGGUGCUGGACUAGACCAUGAUCCGAGCGUUUAUAGAGAAUCAUAUUUACAUCGAUGUUUUUUUACGAAUUAGAAAUACACUCGAAACGUUUCGAAUUCACGCUAAUAUUUCUCAUUCAUUUUUUUUUUUCUGCACCACUCUCGUCACGAAUGUUAUGGAGUGCAGCCCCCAGGGACCACAUGUCUGAGGAAUGAUAAAAAGUUGAUUAGAUGUGAGGAGAAAGGCACUCCUUGUGUGUCGAGAUUUUUUUUUCGAAAUUAGUAUUUGAUAUUCGAAUUAUUGGAGGUAUUUUAAUUGAUAGUUUUAAUUAUCUGUAGCUCGAGGUAUCAUUCCACGGUUUAUUUUUAAAUUGUAAAAUAUUAUUUUGAACCAUUUCAUUGUAGCUUUGGAAUCGUGAACUUGAAAGGAUUGAAUAUACAAGUUUUGAGGAAUUAUAAAAAAUAUUAAUUGCAAGUAA